CACUAGCGUGUGUCAAAUACGCAUAAAUGCUUGCACCACAAGAGAGCUUCCCAUCCCAAUUCAACAACAAGUUUCAUCAAUCAUAUAUAUAUAUAUAUACAUAAAUUCUGUGUUAAUUUGAAGUUGACAUUCUCAUUCCAAUCUCCCUGAAUCGUGGCUCCCAAGAAAGUGAGGAAAACAUCAAAGAAAACGAAGAACUCCAAUGAAUUCUGGCCAAGCAAACAGUACUACUGUUCCAUCAUCGGGUUCCAACCCCAUCAAGGUCCAAGAACCCCAAGGAUUCUUCUUCAGGAAGCUCUUUCGCACCCUCUUCUACUUGCACUUCUUGUUCGUUUCAAUCUUGGCAAUCGUCCUCACCGUCCGCGGCCUCCUCGCCGCCGCCAACGGGCGCCGUUUCCUCCCUCUGAAAUGGUAUCUGCCGCUCCUCGCUUCCACGUCACUGUCCGCAAUCGCCAGCCUCGCCUGGCAAUUUUUCGCUCGCUGCAACACUUCAAGAACCCUCAAGGCCGCGUUUUGGAUUAGCCCCCUGCUAACAUGCGCAGUCGGGGUCCUCCUCAUCUUCGUCGGCUCCCCCGCAAGCUUGGCCGCCGCCGCCGCAGCUGUUUUUUCGUCCAUCGUUCAGUCCCUCUACGCUUGUUGGGCCACUCCCAGGUUCGACCAAGCCAUCUUGCUACUAUCAGUAACACUUAUUCCCCCGGCUAAAACCACCGCCCUGGUGCUUCUGACCACCGCCGCCUGUACGCUCUACUCUUGUUUUCUACUGGCCGGCAUUGGCGGCGCCACCGCCACCGCCACCAGCUUAGAUGCCGUCUUCAUCUUCGCCCUUCUCCUCAGCCUAACAUGGACCAUGCACGUAGUCAAGAACACACUUGAAGUCACAAUCUCUCGGGUCAAGUUUUUACAUUUCGCCGGCGGGAUGGAUCUCGACACAAAUCUAGCCUUCCGGGACGCAAUCACACAUUCCGUGGGCAGCAUCUGCCUCGGCUCGGCCAUGGCGCCGGUUCUCGGCCUCGUCCGAAGCUUGGGCCGGGCAAUGAGGUUGCUGUCAGGUGAUGCAGAUGAGUUCAUGUUCUCGUGCACAGAUUGUUGUUUUGUAGUUGGUUCGAGGCUGGUGAGGUAUGGGAAUCGGUGGGGAUUUGUUCAGGUUGGAGUGUAUAACAAAGGCUUUGUGGAGGCGUCAAUGGAUACCUGGGCGUUGUUUGGAAGAGUUGGGUUGGAGCCAUUGAUAGACUCUGAUCUCACUAGUUCGUUUUGCUUCCUCUGUGCGGUGGCCGGUGGAUCGGCGGCAGCCCUGGCAGGCGGCACGUGGGCUUUUGUUGUGCACAGAGAUUAUACAACUGAAGUAUCAAUCUACGCUUUCUUAAUCGGCUAUUACAUGUGCCGGGUUGGAAUGGCAUGGCCGCAAGCUUGUGUUGCAGCAUACUAUGUCGCUUCUGCAGAGAUACCUCAGGAAUGCCUUCGAUUUGGUCCCACAAUUCCGCUGGAUCGGAUUCGAGAGUUGCACAGAUACCAAGCACGCCAUUCCCGAACAACUCGUUCGAGCCAGUUAUAG